CAGGCAUCCUCUGUAAUUCAUCCCGAGUUACAUCAUUUCACCAACAAGCUGCCGAAACAUUAGCUUGCAGUGACAAUGAGCAUAGUGAAGUGAAUUGGGACAACCUCAAAUUCCAGUUCAUGCAGACAGAUUACAUGUACAUAUCAAAGUGCUCAGAAAAUGGUGAUUUUGAAACUGGCCAACUUACAAAUUUCCAAGACAUCCAAUUGAGUCCUUCCUCUGGUGUACUCAACUACGGUCAGGCAUUGUUUGAAGGAGCGAAAGCAUAUAGGAGGGCGUCGGAUGGAAAAUUACUCAUGUUUCGCCCCGAAGAAAAUGCAGCUAGAAUGAUGGUGGGAGCUGAAAGAAUGUGCAUGCCAUGUCCUUCAACCGAUCAAUUUAUCGACGCCAUCAAACAAACUGUACUCGCGAAUCGAAGAUGGAUACCUCCUUCAGGAAAAGGGUCAUUGUAUUUAAGACCUUUGUUAUUUGGAAGUGGGGCAGUUCUUGGCUUGGCUCCAGCCCCUGAAUACACAUUUCUUGUUUUUGCCUCCCCUGUUGGAAAUUACUUCAAGGACGGUUUGGGCCCGUUGAAUUUGUACGUUGAAGAUGAAUAUCAUCGCGCCACCAUGGGAGGAGCCGGAGGCGUGAAGAGCAUCACAAAUUAUUCACCGGUAUACAAAGCAAUAAAGAGGGCAAAGAGUAGAGGAUUUUCCGAUGUUCUUUAUCUUGACGCGGUAAAUAAACGAUACAUAGAGGAAGUCAGCUCUUGCAACGUUUUUAUCGUCAAGGAUGGUAAAAUAUCGACUCCAUCGACAAAGGGAACAAUCCUACCAGGAAUAACCCGAAAAAGCAUAAUCGAGAUGGCCCCCGAUCUCGGCUUUGAAACAGAGGAGAAGUGUAUUCCCAUAGAAGAAUUGUUGGAGGCUGACCAAGUUUUUUGUACCGGAACCGCGGUUGGAGUCGCAACUGUUGGAAGUGUUACUUAUAAGGAAAAACGUGUGGAGUAUAAAAAUGGGGAGGGGCUUGUCUGCGAGAAGCUGCACUCUGCGCUGCGUGGAAUCCAAGAGGGGAUGGUUCAGGACAACAGAGGUUGGGUGGUUGAGAUUGAUUCAUAAUUCUUUUGUUUUUUAUUUUAUUUUUUUUUACUUUUCAUGUUAA